UUCUUGCAGGAGAAGCCUCGGGUGCAGGAACCAUGUCACUGUGUUCUUUGACCUUCACCCUCUUCUUGACUGUUGUUGCUGGUGUCAAGUGCAACAGGACAGAAGUGUGUGCCGGAAGCCCUGGCAUCCCUGGAACUCCAGGAAACCAUGGCCUGCCUGGCAGAGAUGGGAGAGAUGGUGUCAAAGGAGACCCUGGACCUCCAGGUCCCAUGGGCCCCCCUGGAGGAAUGCCAGGUCUUCCUGGGCGUGAUGGGCUGCCUGGAGCCCCUGGUGCACCCGGAGAACACGGAGAUAAGGGAGUUCCGGGAGAGAGAGGCCUUCCAGGGUUUCCAGCUUACCUGGAUGAGGAGCUCCAGGAUGAACUCUAUGAGAUCAAACAUCAGAUUCGGCAAACAAUGGGAGUCCUCAGCUUGCAAGGAUCCAUGCUGUCAGUGGGAGAGAAAGUCUUCUCCACCAAUGGGCAGUCAGAGAACUUUGAUGCCAUUAGAGAGAUGUGUAUUAGAGCAGGGGGCAACAUUGCUGUCCCAAGGAGUCCAGAGGAGAAUGAAGCCAUCUCAAACAUUGUGAAGAAGUACAACAUCUAUACCUACUUGGGUAUGUUUGAAGAUGAGACUUCCGGCGUCUUCCUCUACCUGGAUGGGGCUUCUGUGAACUACACCAACUGGUACCCAGGGGAGCCCAGGGGUCGGGGCAAAGAGAAGUGUGUAGAAAUGUACACAGACGGGAGAUGGAAUGAUAGGAACUGCCUGCAGUACAGGCUGGCCAUUUGUGAAUUUUGAUCAAGCACCUG